AUGGCGCUGGCAUUGGCCGCGCUCGUUCCCUAUGUCCUGGCUUCAGACCAAGGGAUGGGAUAUAAUCUCAUGAGCAAGAGAUCCUAUACACCCCAUUACCCGGUCUGCCCUUAUACAUUCGACCCAUUCGUAUAUGUUGGAUGUUACAAUGACCCAAGCGGUUCUACUCUCCGAUUCAGACCAGGUAUCAAUGGUCCUGGUAUGACCCACGAGAAGUGCUGGUCCGCCUGUAAGAACAACGGUUUCCGCUACGCCGGUCUUGAGUACUACGGACAGUGCUCUUGCGGUUCUACCAUUGCUAGUACUCCAUAUGUUGAUGUGGGAGAUGCUAAGAAGGGUUGUACUUAUGCCUGCAAUGGUAACCCAGACCAGAUCUGUGGUGGCAGCAAGGCUAUCUCUGUCUACUACGAUCCCACUUAUCCACCAAAGACCGAAGAGGAACUUGCAACUGCUGGUGCUGACUACACCGCCAUUGGAUGUUUCAACGAGGUCUCCGGCAGACUGCUUACCGAUGACCAAGUUGAUAUCAAUGGUGACUCCAUGACCGUCGAACUCUGUCUCAACCAGUGCGGUAAGCAAGGUUACGCCUACGCCGGUGUAGAAUACGGAAAGGAAUGUUGGUGCGCCGGAAAACUCGCCCCAGGUGUCGCUCCUAUCGAUGAUGCCAAAUGCAAUCUUCCAUGCAAGGGUAAUACCGACCAGACAUGCGGUGGACGCAGCACUAUCUACGUCUACUAUAACGACGAGCUUGAUACUACUGAGCCAUGCGGAGAGGGCCCAAAUACCUCUACCACUACCACCACUGCUGAACCAACUACCUCGUCGACCACCUCUGAAGAGCCAGAACCCACUACUACUGCCAGCACUACCACAGAGGAGCCAGAGCCAACCACUACCACCACUACCACUACUGAAGAACCAGAACCCACUACUACUACUACAUCCUAUGUUGAGCCUACUCCAACCACUACAGAGUCUACCACUGCCUCAACCACUCCAGCCACUACUCCAACUACCACCAAAUCUACUACCAAGUCCACCACCAAGUCCACUACCACCAAGACUACCACCACUUCAUGCCGAACCCGAUGCGGUGGUUACUGCGCUCCACCUCUCCCAACCUUCACAGACAAGCCAUCUUGCAAGAGCGUCGCCGCCCUCUGCUGGUCCCAAGUUAACGAAUGUAUCAACAAGGCCGGUGCCGCUUACGUCGACGAGUGUACCAAGCUCGCCUCCGGUUGUGCCAUCUACCACAAAUACUGCAAGGACAAGUGUGGAUACAAGUGCAACAAGAAGGACUGCGACGAUUGGGAUGGUUGGUAUCCACCAGUCAAGCCAACUCCUCCACCAAAGCCAACCAAGACUCCUCAACCACCAAAGCCAACCCCAACCCCAACUGAUAACGUCUGUGUCACUCCAACCGCAUACAAGAGCCCAGUCGGUGGUGUCAAGGCUCCAGUCGUCUCUUGCAAUGAUGAUAAGACUGACUACAACCGUGGUAACUGCUGGAAGGUCUUCUCUUCCUACAAGAACAAGGAAUGCGCUUCCUUCCCACGUGGAUCCAUCGGUGGCGCUUGUAUCGAGGCUUGCAACAUUCAAUACGAGAACUGCCGUGUUCAAUACGCUGGUUCUACUAACAAGCCAAAGUUGAACAGGUACAAGAAGUGGCACAAGAAGUCUGUCUCUGUUGAGGAAGAGGCCCUUGAGAAGAGAACUUUCGGAUACGGCUGGACCUGGGAUUGGGUCCGUGGUAAUAGCUAUAACAGCUACAACAAUGCUUGCAAUGAGUGCAAGAAGCAACGUGAUGCUUGUAUCGCGGCUAAUAAGUCUAAUCCUAAUGGUUCCAAGUACUGCAAGAAGUACGGAUACUUCUACUAA